AUGUCAUUUUUCAGACGCGCAGGCAGCUCAUCGGAAAGCGAUUCAUCAUCUGAGGAAGAAGAACUUUUAUCUUCAUCUGGGUCUGAAGAUGAGGAAGCACCACCACAAAAGCAAGAAUCAAAGCCAAUGUCUAGAUUCUUAAAGACAGCUGGCGGCGAUAGCUCCUCAUCCUCAGAAUCAUCCGAUGAAGAAGAUUCUGAUGAUUCUGACGACGAUGAAGCUCCAAAGAAAUCAAAGUUCCUUAAAGGCGCUCAAUCUGAUGAUUCAGAUCAAGAGGAAGAUACGAAGAAGAUUGUUAAAUCAGCAAAAGAUAAGAGAGUUGAGGAAAUGGAAUCUAUCAUAAAAUCUCUCGAUAAUGCCCACAAGAUCAGUGACUGGGCUGCUAUCAACACGGAAUUUGACAAAUUGACGCGUCUUAUCAUUCGUUUACAAACACUUCAUGAACCAAUUCCUGCCAUGUUCAUUAAAACUUUAGUUACGCUCGAUGAUGACUUGAAGAGCGACAAGGGCGAUACAAAGAAGAAGUUGAAUGCUACCAACAACCGUGCAAUGAACGGUAUGCGUCAAAAGAUUAAAAAGAGUAUAAGGGAUUGGGAAAAGGACGUUGAAAGCUACCGCGUGAAUCCUGAAGAGUACGAGUCAAACGCUGCUGCCGUUUCUGCCGCUCAUGCUCCAGGUGUUGCCCCAACCAAACCAAGAGCUGAAAAAGCUGAAAAAGCUGCAGAUGAAAAUGGUCUUGGAUUCUCAACCAUCGGUAAAGCCGGUAAAGCUACAGAUGAACCAACUAUUACACCUGAAACUUUAUUCAGGCACUUAUCUGGUAUCCUAGAAGCUCGUGGUAAGAAGAACACUGAUAGAAGUGAACAAGUUCGUACACUUGAGAAGCUUCUUAAGGUUGCGUCAACUCCUUACUCAAAGAUUCGGGUUCUUUUGGCUUUGAUUUCCUCAAGAUUUGACUACAACGCCACCAACCAAGCACACAUCCCGCCUCCAUCAUGGGUUUUGGCCAGAGCUGAAUUUGAUAGCCUGGUUGAUCUUCUGAUUAGUCAACCACAAUACAUUGUCAGAGAAGAGACUGUAGAAUAUGAAGACUCCGUUGAAAGAAAACCACAGGGCACUGAUGAUGUCGUGCAAGUUCGUGGUUCAUUGGUAUCUUUCAUUGAGAGACUUGAUGAUGAAUUUACCAAGACACUUCAAAAUUCUGAUCCUCACUCACUUGAAUACGUCGAAAGGCUCUCUGCUCAGAAGAGUUUGUAUCAAACAACGGUCAAGACACAAGCUUACUUCGAGCUGAUAAAGGCGGAAUUACCAAUUUCAAGAACUGUAAUGCGCAGACUUGAACAUAUAUACUCCAAGCCAGAUGCUGUUGUUGAAGUAUUAGAAAAGUCAGCAAACCAAGCCCUUGGUCAAUUGAAGUCAACCAUUACACCACUACAGUCUACAUUCUCAUCAACUAAGUUAGUUCAUCAACUCUGUACUUAUCUCUACGGUGCCUCCGAUGGCUUAUUACGUACGAGAGCAAUGCUUUCUCAUAUUUAUCAUCACAGUUUACACAACAACUUUCACACAGCUCGUGAUAUGUUCUUAAUGUCCCACUUACAAGAAAGCAUCAGCAGGGCCGAUGUUGCAACUCAGAUAUUGUUCAAUCGUACAGUAGUUCAAUUAGGUCUUUGUGCAUUUAGAUCAGGUUUGAUUAGAGAGGCUAGAGAUUCGUUGAGAGAAAUAUUCCAAUCAGGUAGACCAAAGGAAUUGUUAGCACAGGGAGUAACGCAACAAAGAUACAUGACUAUGACACCUGAACAAGAACGUGCAGAGAAGUCAAGACAAGUUCCCUUCCAUAUGCACAUCAACUUAGAAUUAUUAGAGGCUGCAUACUUAGUCAGCUGCAUGCUGAUCGAAAUACCAAAGUUGGCUUCAGCUGCUGAAGAUCCAGAUGCUAAGAGGAAGAUUUUAUCAAAGGCUUUCAAGAGGCAAUUAGAUUUCGCAGAAAGGCAAGCAUUCAAUGGACCACCGGAGAACACACGUGAUUAUAUCAUGCAAGCUUCAAAAGCUUUGCAACAAAGUGAUUGGGAAAAGUGUCGUGAUUUGAUUCAUGGUAUAAAGAUCUGGUCAUUAAUGCAAGGUGAAAGUCAAACGAAGGAGAUGUUGACAAGCAAAAUACAAGAAGAAGCAAUGAGAACAUACUUGUUCGCAAAUUCAUCAUUCUAUGAGAACAUAUCAAUCUCCAUACUGUCCUCUGCGAUGGAAUUGGAUGAGAAACAUGUGAACUCGAUAAUCUCAAAAAUGAUAUGGUCUGAAGAAUUAUCAGCAACAAUUGAUCAAUCCAACAACGUUGUAGUGUUCUCAAAGGUCGAACCAACAAGACUGCAGUCAUUAUCAAACCAAUUGCUUGAUCGCGCAAAUAGCUUAGUAGAGUUGAAUGAGAAAGCAUGGCAAUUGAAGUUUGAUGAUGGUACUAAUAAGUCAGAUGAUUUGAGCGCAAGAAUUCGUCGUGGUAACCGAGGACAGGGUCAACAAAAAAGCAGUAGGCCACAGUUCUCCAAUCAGACGAGAAAAGUACCUGUAUAA